AUGUGCGUCCUCGUCCUCCCCUCCCUCGCUCGUCCCCGCCCGCCGGCCUGCCUCUUCCCCCCGCCGACACCGAAGCCGGCGGAUCAGCGGCGGCCGUGCCGUCAGCCUGGUCGCCCAGCACGUACUGAAUCUCUCUUGCUCCCCCUCCUCUGUGCAGUUCGGCAACACCUGGUCCGUCUCACCCACCCUCAAUCUCGCCAUCGACCCUCCCGGUCUUCUCGAGCUGACACGCUUCUCCCCCACAGCUACGCCAACUCGGUCCUCCAGUCGCUGUACUUCUCCAAGCCGUUCCGACAGCUCGUCGAGUCGUACCACCCGUACGGCACCGAUCCUCCCUCUCCACCACCCCCACUCACGACGCUCCUCACGACGCUGCGCGACCUGUUCAGCACCAUCUCGCGCCAGCCCAAGUCGAUCGGCACGGUCGCGCCUCAGGCCUUCAUCAACCAGCUCAAGCGCGACAACGAGUUCUUCCGCAGCACGCUGCACCAGGACGCGCACGAGUUCCUCAACUUUCUCAUCAACUCGGUCGCCGAGGCGCUCGAGCGCGACGAGAAGAAGCGCAUGGUCGGCACCGGGUUCGGCGCGCACGCCAAGACGUGGGUCCACUCGCUGUUCGAGGGCAUCCUCACCAACGAGACAAGGUGCUUGACCUGCGAGACGGUCACUUCUCGCGACGAGGCGUUCCUGGACCUGUCGAUCGACAUCGAGCAGAACUCGUCCGUCACGGCGUGUCUGCGUCAGUUCAGCGCGUCCGAGAUGCUGUGCCAGCGCAACAAGUUCUCGUGCGACAAGUGCUGCGGCCUUCAAGAAGCCGAGAAGCGGAUGAAGAUCAAGAAGCUGCCCAACAUCCUCGCGCUCCACCUCAAGCGAUUCAAGUACGAGGAGUCGCUCCAGAGGCACGUCAAGCUCACGUACCGCGUCGUGUUCCCGUUCGAGCUGCGCCUGUUCAACACGGCCGACGACGUGUCGGACCCGGACCGCCUGUACGAGCUGUGGGCCAUCGUCGUGCACAUCGGCGUCGGUCCGCACCACGGGCACUACAUCACGAUCGUCAAGUCGGGCAAACGGUGGAUCGUGUUCGACGACAACAACGUGUACCCGAUCGAGCAGCACGACAUCUCGCGCUUCUUCGGCGACACGCCCGGGUCCGGCAGCGGCUACGUCCUCUUCUACCAGGCCGUCGACUUUGACUGGGCCGGGGUCGACCUGCCGGUCCCGCAGACGCCGUCGGUCGCCGGUACGACGACGACCAACCGCGAGCGGGCCCAGACG